AUGGCUGCCCAUCGGAUCAUCAGAGUGACCAACAACAACCACAUCCUCCCUCGCUGCAAGUCCGAGGGGACGCUCAUCGACCUCAGUGAAGGGGUCACCGGAGCCAGUCUCAACGAUGUCAAAGUGCCUUCUCCCAGUGCCUUAAGGCUGGACACUUCGGCCUCCUAUGGAGCUGCACAGGAGGUGGUCGCCAUAAAGGAUUAUUGCCCAAGCAGUUUUACCACGCUGAAGUUUUCCAAAGGCGAUCACCUGUAUGUGCUGGACACGUCAGGUGGAGAGUGGUGGUACGCCCACAACAACACAGAAAUGGGAUACAUCCCAGCCGCCUACGUCCAGCCGGUCAACUUCAGGAACUCUUCGCUUAGUGACAGCGGGAUGAUCGACAGUCUUGGAGAGGGCUAUGAGGACGGGUCAAAGGAGUUUGGGGGUCUUGGGGAGUGGACGGGGAUAAGCCUGAAACCCUCCACGGUUUACAACAACAGCCCGUUUUCUGUGAACCCGUUUAUCUGCCCGUUAGAUCAAAACUGCAAAGAUGUCGUUGUGAGGAACUCUGCAGAUCUUAUUGUCUUUGACGCUUUGGCAUCUCCGUCAUCCUGCUCUAACUUUAACACUGGUACAAUCAUGAGCAACGGGUUCAGCAGCUGCCAUAUGAACAACACCAACCCCACCAGUCCCAUUCAAGAGAUUGGACCUAACCUCCACAGGGAUAAUCCGUUUUUCAGGAGUAAACGCUCCCACAGUCUGUCAGAACUGUCUGUUCUGCAGGCGCAGGCAAAUCCGACCUUACCUUCUUCUGGGUUCUUUACGGGCCUAAAGGCUCCAGCGCCAGAGCAGUUUCAGAGCAGAGAGGACUUCAGGACAGCUUGGUUGAACCACAGAAAGCUCGCCAGGUCUUGCCAUGACCUUGACUCCCUGGGUCAGAGUCCCGGAUGGGGCCAGACACAGCCGGUGGAGACCAACAUCGUGUGCAGGUUGGACAGUAAUGGAGGGGUUGUUCAGCUUCCGGACACACAAAUCAGCAUACACAUCCCUGAGGGCCACGUCAGCCACGGAGACCACCAGCAGAUCUCCAUGAAAGCCUUGCUGGACCCUCCUCUGGAGCUCAACAGUGACCACUGCUCCACUGUCAGCCCCGUGGUGGAGAUCAAGCUCAGCAACAUGGAGACCAAGUCCUUCAUCACACUGGAGAUAAAGGUAUCGGUGACUGUGAAGAAAGAGAGUUGUCACUCUGCUGAAGUGCUUUGUGUUCGAAGUGACUGUAAAGAAGGGCCUUACACACCAAUCCCUAAUGCUUACAUUUACAAGGAUACAGUUCAGGUGCAGCUGGAUAGUCUUGAGCCUUGCAUGUAUGUGGCUGUUGUGAUCCAGUCGCAGUACAUCAGCCGCAAUAUGACUGUUUGGGACCACGUGCAGAGGAAAGUAACUCUGGGCGUGUAUGGACCCAAGCAUAUUCACCCUUCAUUCAAAACAGUUGUGGCCAUGUUUGGGCAUGACUGUGCACCCAAAACCUUGUUAGUAAACGAGGUUGGCCGGCAGGCUACCUCGACCCCACCAGUGGCCCUCCAACUGUGGGGGAAGCACCAGUUUGUGUUGGGAUAUCCUCAGGACCUCCAGGUCGGAUUGUACUCCAACAUGUCCAACUACCAGGUGAAGGCUAAUGAGGGCGCCGGGGUGGUUCGUGGAUUUCAGGUAAAACUGGGGAAGGUCAGCAGGCUCCUGUACAUGAUCACGUCGCACAACCCCAGCAGCAUCUCAGACUUCACUCUCAGGGUCCAGGUGAAGGACGCCCUCGACUGCAUCCUCACUCAGUUCUGCGUCCAAACCCCGCAGCCGCCGCCAAAGACUGGAGCAAGGAUUACCGGCCAGAGGAGGUUUCUGAAAAAGAAAGAGGUGGAUAAGAUUGUUCUCUCGCCACUGGCUGUCACCUCCAAAUACCCAAAGUUUCAGGAUCGGUGUAUUACAAACCUGAAAUUUGGCAAGUUGAUCAAAACGGUGAUCAGGCAGCACAAGAGUACGUAUCUAUUGGAGUACAAGAAGGGGGAUGUUAUUGCUUUACUCAGUGAGGAGAAAAUUAAACUACGAGGGCAGUUGCGGACCAAGGAGUGGUACAUUGGAUACUAUCAAGGGAAGAUGGGGCUUGUCCACGCCAAGAACGUCUUGGUUCUGGGUAAGGUCAAGCCCAUUUAUUGGUGUGGGCCGGACCUGACGACCACAAUGCUGCUGGAGCAGAUCCUGAAGCCUUGCAAGUUUCUCACGUACAUCUACGCGACCGUGAGGACGGUUUUGAUGGAGAACGUGGGUAACUGGAGGGCGUUUGCAGACGCCUUGGGGUACGGGAAUCUGCCACUGAAUUAUUUUUGUCGGACCGAGCUGGACAACGAGCCGGAGAAGGUGGCGUCGGUCCUGGAGAAGCUCAAAGAGGAGUGUACCAACAUGGAGAACAAGGAGAGGAAGUCCUUCCAGCGGGAACUCAUGAUGGCGUUGCUGAAAAUGGACUGCCAGGGUCUGGUUGCCAGGUUGGUCCUGGAUUUCGUCUUGUUGACCACGGCGGUGGAGGUGGCGUCCCGGUGGAGGGAGCUGGCCGAGAAACUGGCCCGAGUGUCCCGGCAGCAGAUGGAGGCUUAUGAAGCUCCGCACCGCGACAAGAACGGUCUGCUGGACAAUGAGUCUAUGUGGAAACCGGCCUAUGACUUCCUGCUGACGUGGGCCGCCCACGUCGGCGACAGCUACCGGGACGUGAUCCAGGAGCUCCACCUUGGUUUGGACAAGAUGAGGAACCCCAUCACCAAAAGAUGGAAGCACCUGACCGGCACGCUAAUCCUCGUCAACUGCCUCGAUACCCUCCGCAGUUCCGCCUUUUGUCCCACCGGAUAUGGAGACUUUGCCGUCUGA